AGCCGGCGCGGGGUUACAGAGGCUGCUGCGCGGCGGGCAGCUGGCACGAUGUAUCUCCGCAGAGCGGUCUCCAAGACCCUAGCGCUGCCUCUAAGGGCACCCCCAGGCUCUGCGCCGCUCCGGAAGGAUGCAUCUCUUCGCUGGAUGUCAUCUAACAAAUUCCCUGGAUCAUCUGGAUCAAAUAUGAUCUAUUAUCUGGUUGUAGGUGUCACAGUCAGUGCUGGUGGAUAUUAUACUUACAAGGCAGUCACAUCAGAGCAAGCCAAACCCAGCGAACAUAUUACAAAUUUGAAAGAAAAAACCAAAGCAGAGUUACAUCCACUUCAAGGUGAAAAAGAGAACGUUGCAGGAGCUGAGGAAACCAGUUCAGAAGUCCCUGGAGCAUCUUUAGUGGAAGCGCCGGUGGUGGGCGCUGAGGAUACUCCGGAUGCUACAGUUGCAGUCGUCACGGAGGCUUCCCCCUGCCCAGACGGUGCGGAGGCUGCUCAGGCGGAGGCUGCGGAGGCCGUCGCCGUGGAGACCGUCGCAGUCGGUGCUGAAACUGGGCCAGAGGUUACAAACCCGGCGCGCGGCGAAAGCGCAGAGGUCGGCCCUGAGACGGUGUCCCAGGUUACGAGCGCAGCUCCGGAGGAAGCUGCUGCCAUCAGCAGUGAUAAAGGUACAACAGAGAACGAAAGCUGUGGCGAAUAUGCUGAACCAGAAGAAGAAAGUUCUCCAGUUGAGUUAGAACCCUCUGCUGGGAAUGAUUUACAGGAAGAAGCCAGUGUUGGUCCCGAGGGCGUCUCAGCGGGAGGCGAAUCGCCUGCUGAUUGACACUUAAGCCAAAAAUGCCCUAGAGGGGCUGAUGGGUGUUUUUGUAGUUUUAGUAACCUUAGUUUUUAAAAAAGGCUUCUCUUCUAGAAAACGUUACUGUGCCUUGAGGACUGUUGGUGUCUACUGAUAGAUUUCAGGAUUGAGAGAUGAGAGAUUUUACAUGUCUGAAUAGUUUUCUACUCUCUAGGAUCAGAAUAUGAAAGCUGUAAAGAGUUUAGAGUUUCAUCUCUGGAUUGAAAUUUUAUAUCAGAGGCAUUGAGCUAUCUAUACAACCUGCGUUCACUUUAAUUUUGCUAUAACUUUACCUUUCUUUAAUGUAUGUAAAUCUAGAUUCUUGGGUUUUGAUCUGAACUCAUUUAAAUAAAUUUGGAAACUCUUUA